AUUUGGCAAUUUGCGCAUUCCUUCCUGGGUUGUCACCAUGUUCAUAGCUAUAAAAAAUAAGUGCACUUGUACGGUACGUUAAGGUAGGUUAUAAAUAUUUUGUUUAAAUGUAAUUCAAACCCUUAAUAUUUGCCAUGACAAUGAACAUUUUCAGGUGUGUAUAUAGAUCUAUAAUGCUUAAAAAUGAUAGUAAAAUAAAGUGAUAAGUUACAUACCUUCGAGGAAUGAAGCAAGGAACCUGGUCUCUUUUCUAUGGUGUAGAAGCAAGAAUUUAUAUUAAAGCAAUUCUUUACUUGAUUAACUGGACGAAGGAAAAGGAAAACUUGGAUUUGCUCUUCAUUUUGUUGGAAUGUUCCUUGCUUUCAUGUUAGGCUUAACCGGGAAGCUAACAACUGCGUGAAUGGAUCAGAAAGACGGAAUAAAGUAUGAAUCUGUCUUUUCUUUUUUUUUUUCUAUUGUAUCAUUAUGUUGUGUUUAAAAUUUUUAGAUUAAAAAAAAACAAGAUUAAGAGGUACAGCACAAAACUUGGAAGAAAUGAAGCAUUCUAAGGUGCAAGUAUCAUCGUUUUAGAUAUGGAUGUUCUUAAUUAGUUUUGCAACUUUGGUUCUCCCCUGGCUUAAAUCAUUUCAUACAAAGACUAAAGCAAGCCAGGUAACUGUCCGGAGAGUAACAUAAUAGAAAUCUGGCAUCUGCUAGAUUCAAGCCCUAUCUUAUCCUCAAAGCCGCUAGAAGAAGGCUUUUAAUUGGCACUUCAAAAAAACAAAAAAAAAAACACUUUGAUCCUCGGAAGUUAACCCAUGAAUCACGUGGAAGUAUGAUUUAUGCUCUUUAAGCUGACAUUGAGGCUAGUAUAAACUCGAAGGCCUUUAAGAAAAGAAUAUCAAUUCCUAGUCUUGAACAAGAGACAUGUAACGCAUUAAGGCAAAAAUAAUAAUAAUAAUAAAGAAAAAGAUGCUAGACCUGCCAGACAAGAAAAAAUCUGUCUAAACAGUCCAGGAUAUUUCAUAAAAUUGUUUGUCCUUUCAUAAAGCAAGAAGAAAGUUGAGAAUAGAACAAAGUGCAAAUGUCUCCUAGACUUUCCAUGGCAUAUGAAUCUAAACCUAUAUAUAUGCAGACUUUGCUUUUAUCAUCAGCAAGAACCACAAAUACCUUUCAUCUCUAUUGUUAUUCAUUGUUAUGUUUCUAUUUCUUAUCAUAUAUGGGAGAUCGGAGACCACGUUUUCGUUUUCGUUUUCGACUCCCUUGGCUGUCAGCCGCUGCCACUCCCCGGCUUAAAGCUGCUUCCCCAAAAACCUUGUCUCCAGCCAAAAAAUCACCACCGGUUACUUCUAUUCAACCACCAUCACCGGCCUCACAAGAAACCACUUUUCAACCAUUUGGUGUUGCAGUAAAGCCUUCAGAGCCAUCAGCCCAAGUAAAAGAAGUUGCACCAAUUACUGUGGCAGCUACAGAAGCACCUUCAGCAGCAGUAAAGCCAAAGGAAAGGGGAAAAGGGAAGAAGGUUGCAGAAGAACAGAGGAAAGCAGCAACAAAGGGUUCAAUUCAUGAAGAGAUAGAGCAGAGAACAAUUACUAAUCUUCUUGCUGCAUCAACAGAAGCUGGGACAAAAACCAGAGAGCUUCUGGGGGCUGCUUUUGAAACAGGAAAAAGACACCAGGAAAAUCAAGAAGAUAUUGAAAGAAAGAAGACAUGGACAACCUCAAGCACUGAUGAAAAACAAAUUAAAACUGUGAGCUCAAAAUAUCCAAAAGAUAGGAACACGCCAAAUAAUUCUCAUCAAAAGCAUGUCACUUCUAAUUGGGAACAAGCUCCCCUGCACAAAGAGAUCAGGGAAGAUAUUUCUAAAUUAUUUCCUAAGCUGGCCACAGGGCAACCAAAGCUGCCUACAGAUGAAAAAGUUAUCAGCGUUCUAACCCUAGCAGGAGAAAACAGAGGAGCAUCUUUCCACUUGGGUUCAGAAUCAACCAAAAAGGAUGGACCAGUCCACAUUCACCGAGGUUAUAAGAUCAACCCAGAUGAUAGCCCUGAUGCUACCACUGAUGAAGAGGGAAGCUCCAGGGGAAGAAAGCCUAAUGAUUCAAUGACCAAAGAAAAUCCAACACCAAGAGCAUGUGUCAAUAGUAACACACAAAGCAUCAAUAAUUCAAUUGUGUUAGAAAGCUCGGUGAACGAAAGAAAUCCUGGCGUUUAUGUGAAAUUUUUACAUAAUUUACCAGAAUCAACCAAGUCUAGUGAAAAGGCAGAGCCUAUACCCAAGGCUAAAUUGAACAUUAAACCAGCAGAGAAGCUUAUAUAUAAGCCUAGAGUAAGAAGAAGAUGCCUCAGAGGGCUUCUUGCAGAACCAAGUGACUCAGACCCUGAUAAUCCUGAAAAGCCUCAACGGCAUGGUUGUCGCUAUAGUUGCGGGCAGAAGAACAAAGAAAAGGAGACUGGGGCUCUCUGACCACAUAAAUUGCAACUUUGUAAUA